AUGAGCCAUCUGCUUUCUCUAAUGGAGUGACUGGGGCACCCGUCCAAGAUCAAAGGAAGGAAGCUGCCACUUUUGCUAGAGAGCAAGGCUUUGAGACUGAAGACAUUAAAGAGAUAGCCAAAAAGACCCAAGCUCUGCCAAAGGUGAACUCGAAGAGGCAGCGAGUUGUGAUUUUCACCCAAGGGAGUGAUGACACUAUAAUGGCUACAGAAAGUGAAGUCACCGCUUUUGCUGUCUUGGAUCAGGACCAGGAAGAAAUUAUUGAUACCAAUGGAGCCGGAGAUGCAUUUGUUGGAGGUUUCCUGUCUCAACUGGUGUAUGACAAGCCGCUGACCGAGUGCAUCCGUGCUGGCCACUAUGCAGCAAGCGUCAUAAUUCGGCGGACUGGCUGCACCUUCCCCGAGAAGCCUGACUUCCGCUGAGGAAGCGCAGGAAACCCAGGCCAGGGGCACAGACACUGCCCGACCGCUUCUGAGAAUCCCCAGCGUAACAGAAGGAAAUGAUCUGCCACCUUUUCCUACAUAAUAAUGGUCAAUCUUAACUUAGAAUGUGUAGUAAUGCUCAGUAGAAUCUUUAUUCUCUCAACAAAUUCAAAAAUGAUUGUUUAUUUCCAUAGUGUGAUAGUGCCACUUAAAUGUCAAUUAAACAGGAAUAUAACAUUUCAAUAGAAAUUUUUAUUUAAUUUUCAAUUACUUUGUAAAUUCAUGUGUAUUUAGCAAAUUGAUCAGGUUUUUUUACAUUUCUGCUUUGAAUGCAGGUGCAAUUUAAUAUAAUAGAUAUUUUUAAAGGAAUUAACCCUAACACAUCAAUCUUUAGCUUUUUAUACAAGUAUAUUUAAUUUAGGGGUGUGUGUGUGUGUGUGUGUAUGUGUGUGUGUGUACACACAUUCAUACAUAUAUGUACCACAUAUACACACAAUAAAUAGCCAAAUAAGGUACAGAAAUAUUUACCUUGCCAAGUUAUGCCAAAUCAUCUCUUCAGUGUAUAAUCAAAUAUAUCAUAAACUUUGGAUAAUUAAAUAACUUGCCAAAUUAUAAAUUAUAUUAUAAUAUUCAAAUCAUAAUCUUAUAUUUACUUAUGGUACUCUGUAAUUUGAUACAAAUAAAAGCUUGUGAUAUGGGAAUUUUUUCUGUCUUUGCUCUGUGCUCAACAAACUGAGAAAGAAAAAUCAUUAUUUAAUAUUGAUCCCUGAAAUGAUACCGAAUUUGUUACUGGAGAUAGAAGAACAAUAUAUAACACAUUGAAAAAUAAUAAUAGUGGAGACCAAAACAUCACUGUUUUAAGGAAGACGAAAUGGUACAACAGAACCUCAGGAGUCAGACUUACCUUCCCAUGAUCUUGGGAAAAUUACUCAGCCUCUUUCAGCUUGUUUCUUUUCUGUAAAAUGGGAUGAUAGCACCAAUGUGCAAGGUUCCUGAGGUGAUUUGAGAGAGAAAACAAAGUAUAAAAAGCGUGGUACAAUGCCUAAUAAGUGCUUAAUAACUACUUACUAUUUUUAUAAUGAUUAUUAUUGAAGAAAAAAGGAUAAUAUUUAUAAAACUGAACUAAAUCAUAGAAAAAGGUUCAAGUUUUUGUUUCAUGUUUAGGUAAACUUUAAGGUCUCCAAUGCCUGCUUGUCCUUUUGGAGUAUUAUUGAGAUAAUGAAUGUACCAGAGAAUCUUCCAUUUUAAAGGAUACAAACCAGUGGUUUUAGUAUAUUCACAAAAUUGUGCAGCCAUCACCGUAUCUAAGCCAAGCACAUUUUCCUCACCCCAAGAAACCCUGUACAUCCCAAUUCACCCCAUUCUCACCCCCUGGCAACUACUAGUCUGUCAUCUGCCUGUGUAGGUUUGCCUGUUUUGGACAUUCAUAGAAAUGGAGUCAUA